AUGAACCUGAAUCGCGAAUUCCAGAUCAUCUCUGAUCUCGCGAAAGCGAAGCUUGCAGAAAUGUUGCAAGAGGAGUCGUUGGAGGUCCUCAAGGCCUACGUCCUUCAGAAAGGCGGCAGCUCAUCCCAGACACUGCAGACAGACUGUUCAGGAUCAGAGCUACUGGAUCCAGCGGCAAUUGACAACAGUCUCUUUGACAAUAUUGAAGCAAUAGGAGAUCAGGGGCAAGAUGCGUUCGACUUUUCAUUCUUGGAGGCAUAUUGCCAGCAAGCGGGGUACCUGUCUAGGAAUGGACCGACUGACUCUCGGAAUGAGGACCCGAGCUCAGAUUCCGAGCGAGACAUUGACCAAGGAUUCGGGCAACGCCAUCUGCCUGCGGCCAUCGCCAACACCAAAAAUACUUGCGCUGGCACUCAUCGACUCCAAGCCUCAGGACAUAGAAGCGGUAUCAACGUAAAGAAGCUGUCACCCUCGAGGCCUGAUGAUGAAGAUGAAUCACGGUCAUCGCGUUCCUCAGCUCAGAGCUUUUCAAAUAGUAGUAAGGAACAGGACAUCGAUUCAACUCCCUGCACGCACCCGACUGCGGGAACCGAAUCCCCUUCCGAUGAAUCAACACCCGCGUCGUCUGACAACUCCGAGGCCACCCUAACGAAGGCGAUACUUGCGAGUUGCGCAACCGAACAAAUCGCCAGCGACGUGACUAGGAACUUCAUGGAAAUCGUGCGAUCAAAAUUCGGUCCUCGACAACGGGGACCUACCUCGUCUCAGGAACAAAGACAGUCCUCUGCGCAUGCUUCUCGGCCUUCUCAGGACAUCCGUAGAGAGGCUCCUCAGAGGGGACGCCAGCGUCUCAGUAAUGACCGCAAGAGAUCUCGGCAUUCAAAGGGCGAGGACGAGGAUUCUGAUAGAGCCCCGAAUGACAAGACCCCUGGAUCAAAGCGCCGGAAGAUUGCAGAAGCCGACAAACCGAAAAUAGCCUGUCCAUUCAUGAAGCACUCUCCCACCGAGUUUUCGGACGUCUCAAAAUGGAGGACGUGUAUCGGCCCGGGAUUUGACGGGAUGAACAGAAUGAAGAUAGAGAUUUAG